AUGAACGCCCUCCUUUCCUGGAUUCCAGCGCGGUCCUCUCCUUCACGAGGAUUCUAUUCAAGCCUCGCGAAGGAAGACAUGCUCAAAUUGUAUUCGAGACGCCUCAUACGUGCGUUGCUCAUGUCUGCUGUUGUGAUAGCGGUGUUUCUGCUACUUCGACCACUUCUCGCUUCAUCGACUUCAAUUCUCGUUGUCAAAAGCAGCUUUGACUGGUCCACCUACAAUUAUCACCAUCCUCUACAGUCUAUUGCUCCUCUUCCAUCGGGAAAGCCGCACCUGUUCCCUCCAAUCCAGUAUAAGUUUCAACCAGAAUCAAAAUCUGCCGCUAUUCGGCGAAAACCCCGCCAGCAAGCGGUGCUGGAUGCAUUCAAGAAAUGUUGGCAAAGCUACAAAACUCAUGCUUGGAUGAAAGAUGAGCUGCAACCCAUCUCAGGCAAGAGUAAGGAGACAUUUGGAGGAUGGGCUGCCACACUAGUCGACUCUCUAGACACACUGUGGAUAAUGGGGCUGAAAAAAGAAUUCCAAGAAGCUGUACGGGCGGUUGCGAGCAUUGACUGGGAAAUAACGCCAGAUACCGCAUGCAAUAUGUUUGAGACCAAUAUAAGGCAUUUAGGUGGCCUACUGGCAGCGUACGACCUGAGUCGCGAGCCCGCUCUAUUAGUAAAGGCCGUCGAGCUCGGGGACAUGCUCUACGCCGGCUUCGAUACUCCAAACCAUAUGCCUCCUUUUUGGCUCGAUUUUCAGAAAGCCAAAACCGGCCAGCUUAUUGCAGGCGACCAUCAAAUAUCGGCAGCUUUAGGCUCAUUCUCCCUGGAGUUCACCAGACUUUCUCAGAUUACCGGAGAUCCGAAAUACUACGAUGCGAUCGCCCGGGUGACCUCGGUCUUUCUCAAGCAUCAAAACUUCACCCAACUGCCGGGUAUGUGGCCAACACACAUCAAUGCGCGUGAUCAGAUCUUCUCGGAAAGUGAAUUUACUUUAGGAGCCUUAGCGGAUUCCCUCUACGAAUACUUACCUAAGAUGCACUACCUCCUGGGAGGUUUAGAGCCCGCAUACGAAAAAGCUUACAGGAGCUCUAUGGCGACAGCGAUCGAACACUUACUGUUCAGACCAAUGCUUCCAAACAAUACGAAUGUCUUAGUCGCUGGUUCUGCAACCGCCGCAUCUGGGAGAUCUAACCUAAACCCAGAAGGACAACACUUAAGCUGCUUUGCCGGUGGGAUGUUCAUUCUAGGAGGAAAAUUGUUUUCGCUUCCGGAGCAUGUCGACAUCGGCGCAAGGUUAACACAAGGUUGCGUCUACGCCUAUAAUGCAUUUCCCACCGGUAUCAUGCCGGAAAUCUUUCGGAUGCGGCCUUGUCCAUCAUUCGAAAGAUGCGAAUGGGACGCAGAUCAGGCUUCGGAAACACUGCCAGAGGGUUUCGCGUCAGUCCCUGAUCGAUCUUACUCUCUUCGCCCGGAGGCUCUCGAAAGUGUGUUCCUACUGUACCGUACAACCGGCAACGUGGAGCUACAAAAUGCAGCAUGGAAAAUGUUCAAGUCCAUCCAGGCCGCCACUGAGACCGAAUAUGCCAACGCUGCUAUUGAUGAUGUCACAACCAGUGGCAAGCCGUCACAAAGGGAUUCAAUGGAGAGCUUCUGGCUUGCAGAAACGCUGAAAUAUCUUUACCUUAUUUUCUCACCACCCGAUCUUAUCAGCCUAGAUGAUUACGUUCUCAAUACCGAGGCACAUCCUUUGAAACGGCCAAAGUGA